AUGAAGGGUGGAGGCGACAAGAAGGAUGUCAAGCAGGGUGUUAUGGUUCCUUAUGACCAAUCUGCUGUGAACGAUGGCACAGACGAGGACACUCGAAGCAUCGAGACCCCGAACACCAAGAGGGAAAGAAUCAAAGGUGACAACCUGAAGCUCUGCGGCUCCAUUACAGAGUUCUUCCUGUUCCUCUUGACGUUCUCCUUGGCGAUGUUUCUGAAUCAGUCCGUGGCCACUUCUCGCCUCAGCGACCACAUUCGCCUGAAAUUGAACCCCACGCAUCAUCCGAUCACGCGGAUUACUGACGUGGACACGCUCUACGCGUACCUGGAGGAUGUGUUUGUUCCGGCGCUCUACAAGAACAGCACCGACAUUCAGCUUGCGGAAAGUAUUUCACCGCACCUGAAGCCCAUCGACAUCGCCAACCGGAUGCUGGGCACGGUUCGACUGCGUCAGGUACGCGUGAAUCUUCAGGAGAACUGUCAGGUGCUCCCAUUGUUUGAACAGUAUACUGUCAGCUGCUAUCCCAACUACAGCCCAGGGACUGCGAGCACGACUGCCUACGGUCCUCAAGAGAGGUUUACAUUCUCAGAAGACACAGUGGGCAUUCCCUACACGGGCGCACUCGGUUCGUACUCGGCAGACGGCUUCAUGCAGCUGCUAGCUUCCAACAUGAGUCAGGCCAUGCAGCAAAUCCAGCAGCUCAAAGUCGACGGCUAUCUGGAUGCAGCCACCCGCGCAUUCUUCGCGGAGCUCAACAUCUGGAAUUCCAACAUCGGUUUGUACGCCGUUGUCACCUUCGUGGUGGAGUUUGGUGCAAGUGGCGGGACCGCACAGGAGAUUAUGAUCAGCACCAUGACCGAGCGCGUGCUGACCGUGGGCGGCCUCGGCACAGCGCUGGACUGGUUGGCUUUUGUGCUUCUGAUUCUUGUCAUGAUAUUCGUGGUGCAGUUUAUCUUCGAGGAAGUUCAGGAGCUGUACAGCAGCUGGCGUACCUACUUCUUUGAUGCAUGGAAUCUCCUCGACUGGGCGAACAUGGUCCUGCUGCUCAUCGGAUUCACCUUGCGCAUGCUGCUCUUCUCCGACGCAGCCAAUGCCAACGUGGGGCUCGAGCAGCUCUCCAACGUUGAUUCCUUUCAGAACAUCUCAGCCCUGGCCAGCGCGGCCACGACAGUUCGCGUUCUCAAUGCCUUCAAUUGCGUUCUUCUUUGGGGCAAGGUGACCAAGUAUUUGCGGCAUCUGCCGUUGGUGAAGAAUCUGAUCCGAACGGUGUGGACAGCUUUCGAUUUGUUUCUGCCGUUCCUGAUCAUGUUUGGGGUCGCAUUGGUCGGCUUCGUCAUGGCCUUCAACGUAGGCUUUGGGGACAAGGUUGCCGAACUGGCCAACUUCACGACCUCGGCAGUGUACCUGUGCAGGGCUUUCCUGAAGGACGUGCAGCUCAUGCCUGUGUAUGCCAUCACGCCUUUGUUUGGCGCCGGCUUGAUCUUGCUUUUCUACCUCAACAUGAUCGCCGUCGGCGUGGUGUGCAAAGCUCUCACCGCAACUCUGGACGAGGAGAGCGCCUGGUGGCAUCUUUGCCAGCGGUAUUGGUAUGCUACUGACGACAGGCUGAAGGAGUGGCCCAAGCUCUCAGCACGAGGCUUGUACCGAGCUUUGGAGCAAUGGAUGCCAUUGGAAGGCUUCUAUGUUUUGGCCGGCGCCUUCCCCUGGGGCCUCAUAGCACUGCUGCGCAUCGUCGAGGGGAGUUUGUGCGGCUACAUCGUGCGCUUCAUGCCCAAGGACGACGGAGACUUCGCGGAAGUCCAGGUGCCAUUGUUUGAAGUGUCAAUCGUGGAAGACAGGCCUGGGAUUAUCAGGAGCUCUUUGACGGCAUCUUGGCUGUCUGGCGCGGCUAAUCUGGCACCUGUGGAAGUGCAAGACAUCUUGGCCUACACGCAGGAAUCCGGGAUCUUCUUCUCUCGGCGCCUCACCGAGGCCGCGCUGUUUACUCCUCGUCGGGCGCUGCGUCUUGCGAGCGAGGCACCGGCACAUGGGCAAGCACCCGCAAAGCCUGCCACGACCGUGGCCGGCGAUGGCUCAGGCUAUGCAGCGCACACCGUUGAGAUGCCGCUGAAUCCCCCAAGUCUACCAGACGGUAGCGAGGAGGACCGGGACUCUGACGAUGAUGCGGGGCCAGCGAUCUGCAGCAGCGCGUCUUGGCGCGUUGGCGAGCUGGACAAGUCGGAGGAGUCGCUUCUCCAUCGCACGCAGGAAAUGCUUCGGGACAUGCUCGGACAGUUUCCAUGCGACUUGGCCCUCAUCCGCAGCCCGGACGAGUUUGUGCCUUUGGAUCCUUCUGUGCCCGGACUGAGACCUGGCCUCUAUGUGGGGGAUUAUGGUCAUCGCUUCUAUGGUCAGUUUCGCACCGAAGUACUGCUCCUUGACUACAUGCACUUGACAGCAGACGAACUCCGAGAAGAGGUUCAGAUGCCACGGCGGCUCUUCAUGCGCCCACACGGCGAGAUGCCCCCUGCAGAGCUGGCCGCGCUCGCGGAGUUGGACAUGCCGAUUGACUUCAUGCGCGGCGUCAAGCAAUGUGGCGACGUGCACGUACCUCUUGGUGCGACCACCUUCGUGGCAGUGUGCUCUCCGCCACAGGCUGUGGCAGUGCUGGCUGCGGGAGUGCAACCCCCCGCGCGAGUUCUGGAUCGGCAGACCGGACAGUCGGUAGCGGUUGCGCGGUCCUGGCGCGGCUUUGGAACGUUGGCCAUGCCAGGCUUUCAACAUCCGAGCUGGGCACAGGGUUGGCUGGUUCAGCUCCAGGCUGCAGGAACACAUCGAUUUGGCUUCGUUUGGGACCGGAACCAGGAUGCAGUUGUCCUCAAAUGGCUGGUCCUCCAGGUCGGGCUGGCUUUGAUGUUCGCGAUGAUGGCCGACGCGCUGUUCAUCGCAAAAUACAGCAAGGAGCGGGAAGCCCGGAAUGCGGAACGGGCAUACUGGAAUGAGGACGAGCCCCUCGAGGAGGUUUAUCGGAGGGUCAGCGGCUUCAUCCAGAGAAUCAUGAUCCGCUUCUUCCCGAUGAUCUACGUGAGAUACCGGAAGAUGACCGAAAGGUUGUCGACGCCCGACGACGAUGCGGGCUCUGACACCUCCAGCAAGGGAAGGCGCAAGCAGGCGGCCCUGGAGGACAAGAACGAGCGUGGAAGCGCUGGGGGAGGCAAGAAAUCGACAGAUGAUGAUCUUCAUUCGAGCCACUCCGGCUUCAGCCACGACAGCAGCGAAGGGCCGCUGAAGCCUGGGGCAGAGGAGCUCAAGCGAGCCAUAGAGCACAUGUCCGGACGGAUUCUUUCGGAACUGACCUUGGUGGGAAUUGAGGUCAAGUCCGAGCUUCACGAUGUGACCGAGCGCAUUGCUCAGAUGCAGAUGGCUGUCGAAGAGCUCGCCUGGAGAAUGGAGAAGGUGCGAAGUGAUCAAGAUCAAGAAAUGGCUGAUCCAGAAGAUGCCAUGUGA